AUGGCAAGCCAAUCUGAAAAAAAACGAUUAAAAAAGGCAGCCAAUUUUAUUAUUUAUGCCUAUCCAUUUUUUAGCAUUUUUUCGCUAAUUUAUAUCAUCUUUGCCUAUUUCUUCAGAUAUAAUUUAAUUACAAGAAAUAUAUUUUUUUUUCAUUGUUUGCUAUUUUUUUGUUACUAUUAUUCAAUCAAGAAUAUACAUUAUGGCUUAACCAACGGAUUAAAUUUUACAUAUUAUACUGAUGUUCUGAUUUUGUCUUUUGUAAUAAAUAUAGGAUUAUUUUUCUCUUUUAAAAUUUUCUACAUAUACAUAAUUAUCCCCAUAUACGCAAUAUUUAAGUUUAUAAAUUUUAUUGUAAAAUUCUUUUUGGGCUCACCGAUGAGUGCCAUUGCCCCUCCCGAAAAUGCUGACCAACCCGAAAAAAAAAAACAGAAAAUUGUAUAUAAGAAAGUUUACUAA